AAAUAGCUCCCGCGGCUCUGCAAGUGUUCCGGAACCUUUACACAAUCUCACAAUCUCAUUUGAGCGCGGGGUUUUCACAUCAAUAAGCUUCGAAUCGGACACAUCUCAGCGACAACACAACUCACGAAGGGUUCAUGAUGGUCGAUAAAAUAGAAGAAAGUGCUACGGCUCGUAAGCCAGUGUUCUUUUUCGACAUCGACAACUGUCUUUACUCUAGAAGUCAUAAAAUCCAUGAUCUCAUGGCGAAGCUCAUCGAUCAGUACUUCGUGACACACUUGUCGCUAGGGGAGAAGGAAGCCUCGAGAUUGACCAGAGAAUACUACAAGACAUACGGCCUCGCUAUCGAGGGCUUAGUCCGCCACCACAAGAUAGACCCGCUAGACUUCAACGCAAAGGUGGAUGACGCGUUACCUCUCGACGACAUCCUCAAGCCUGAUGCAGAGCUCCGAGCGCUGUUGGAGGACAUCGACACCAGCAAGGUCAAACUUUGGCUCUUCACGAAUGCCUACGUCAACCACGGAAAAAGAGUCGUGCGACUCCUGGAGGUCGAUGAUCUAUUUGAUGGUUUGACGUACUGCGACUACGCCCAGUACCCUUUCGUCUGCAAACCAGCCAAGGAAAUGUUCCGCAGGGCCAUGGAACAGGCAGGAGUUGAAAAUCCCGGAGACUGCUACUUUGUCGAUGAUUCUUACGAUAAUUGCAAGAGCGCAAAAGAACUUGGGUGGACGGCCGCGCACCUUGUCGAGGAAGGGUUGCCCGUCCCCGAGACACAGGCUUCCCAGUUCCAGAUUCGACAUCUUCGAGAGCUUCGCGACGUUUACCCCCAAUUCUUCAAGUCCGGCGUUUCAAAGAGCCAGAGUUAGACAAAGAAGUAUGUUCUUACCACGCUUUAAGGAACGAGCAAGUAAUAGACUAGAAUCUGCAUGUAGAUAAAAGAGUAAAGCUUGAAUUCCUCGACGACUAGUAGAUUUUCCUAGCCACAAAGGACUGCGCUCUGGAAACAAGUUGAUCUUUUACAGUUAAGGAUAAGUAACUUCAUAUGCCCUUACUGGUGUAGGUCAGUCUUUGGCGAAGGGCGGUGCCUCGAGUCAUCUUCGGAUCAUCCGCAAUAUGAGAAAUUACAAGACAGAAUGUCUCCG